AUGGCUGCCGACAGCAAGGGGCUCCUGGGUAGUAUACGCAGCCUGUGGCUCCAAACAGGUAUGCGGGGAGCCUUCGGAAAGCCCCAGGGCACAGUGGCCAGGGUCCACAUUGGCCAGGUCAUCAUGUCCAUCCGCACCAAACUGCAGAACAAGGAGCAUGUGAUUGAGGCUCUCUGUCGGGCCAAGUUCAAGUUUCCUGGUCGCCAGAACACCCACAUCUCCAAGAAGUGGGGUUUCACCAAGUUCAGCGCGGAUGAGUUUGCAGACAUGGUAGAGGAGAAGCGGCUCAUCCCGGAUGGCUGUGGCGUCAAAUACAUCCCCAACCGUGGGCCUCUGGACAAGUGGUGGGCACUGCACUCCUGAGAGUCCUGGAGCUGUGCCCUCCAGUCCCUGUUCCCCACCCCAGCACCCAAGCUCCC